UCUGUCUCUCUCUCUUUCUCUCUCUCUCUCUCGUAGAUGCACACACACUCUCUCUCUCUCUCACACACACACACACACAUACACACACACAUACAGGCAUUCCACAAGCAAUUGAUGUGUUUGAUGAGAAUGAUUUAGUCACUGUCUGUCUGUCUCUGUCUGUCUGUCUCUGUCUGUCUGUCUGUCUGUCUGUCUGUCUGUCUGUCUGUCUGUCUGUCUGUCUGUCUGUCCUCUCUCUCGCUCCAUCUCCCCACCCCCCAUCCAGGGUCUGUACUGUGACAUCCGCCAGCUGGUGCAGUUCAUCAAGGAGUCCCAUGGCAACGUGUUCCGCAGGGUGGCACUGAGCGCACUCCUGGACUCGGCCGAGAAAGUGGCCACCACCAAGAAGCCAGAGGAGAAGGAGGAGCCUGUCACCAAACCUACAGCAUCCAGGAGGUCAGAGGCAGGUGUGUCUGGGGAAAAGGGAGGGCAGCCGUCCACCGCUGCAGACGAGUGCCGCAGCUGCAUAUCCAGCCGCCCCCCCCAGACACCAGAGCAUGAUGAACAGAUUCCGGGGGCUCUGCUGGGCAAGAAGGACUUCUGGAGGAAGAUGUUCAAGUCACAGAGUGCUGCCAGCGACACCAGCAGCCUAUCAGAGCAGGACACGUCGGAGUGCACCACCGCCCACUCGGGCACCACCACCGACCGACGAACCCGCUCACGCUCCCGACGCAUCUCCCUGCGCAAGAAGCUCAAGCUGCCCAUCGGUAACUGGCUUAAGCGGUCAUCUCUCUCUGGGCUGACCGACGGGGUCGAGGACUUGUUGGACAUCAGCUCUGUGGACCGACUCUCCUUCAUCCGCCAGAGCUCCAAGGUGAAGUUCACCAGCAACGUGAAGCUGUCAGAGGGCGGCGGGGGAGGAGGGGGCGUGGAGUACGGCCGGGACGAGGAGGAGAAUUUCUUCAAGCGGCUCGGUAAAUGGCGGUCUGGCAGGCGGAACCCAUCCAAGCUUCACCACACAGAAGAGAAAGAUGGGCCCCAGGGGUUCCAGGAGCGCCUGGCAGCCAGCCAGGAGGCCAUGAAGAACAAGAACGUGGUGAACCUGGCCGCCAUCCGCCAGGGCAUGAAACGCUUCCAGUUCCUGUUGAACUGCUGUGAGCCAGGCACCAUCCCUGACGCAUCCAUCCUGGCCGCUGCGCUCGACCUGGUCAGUUACACUGUAGUCUCAGGCUGGAGUUAAAUCAAACCGGUCAUGUUACACAUUGUCUUUGUUUAAUUCAGUGUUUUUCAAUCCUGUCCUCUGGAUUCCCCAGCCUUUCCACAUAUUUCAUCUGUUCCAAUACUAGCACAUCUUAUUCAAUGAAUCAAUGAUCAAUCAACUGCUGUAUACUCCUGUGAGGGGAGUCUACCAGGUAGUAAUACACAUUUUUUACUAGACUCGACCGUUCUGGAAUGUUAUUUGACAGAGGGAAAUAUUUGUAAAUAUUGCAACAUGGGAUUGAUUGAAAUAAGAUUUCAGGGAUCUGACAGGACAUUAUUGUACUUCCUGGUGUCCGACAGGAAGCUCCAGUGGUUGCCAGAGCCUCCCUGUUCCUGGAGUGCGCCCGCUUUGUUCAUCGUUGUAACCGUGGCAACUGGCCCGAGUGG